AUGGUAAACCCCAACGGACUAGUAUUUUCCUUAGUAUUACUGUUCAUAUCAAUGGGAUGCUGCAAUGAAGACGCCAAACGAUUGCAUGAUGAUUUGAUGGCCAAUUACAACAAACAUCGACGACCCGCUCCAGCAAUUAAUAAACCGAUAACUAUCAAGCUAAAGUUACGACUAUCGCAAAUCAUCGAUUUACAUGAAAUCAAUCAGAUAAUGACAUGCAGUGUUUGGCUGAAACAAGUUUGGAUAGACAAAAAGCUUUCUUGGAAUCCAAAGAAUUAUGGAGGUGUGAAUGUACUGUACGUACCAUACGAAAUGAUUUGGGUGCCCGAUAUUGUCCUUUACAAUAAUGCUGAUAGUAAUUACAACAUAACGAUCAGUACAAAGGCAACCCUCCGAUACGAUGGUGAAGUGACGUGGGAACCACCAGCAAUUUUCAAAAGUUUAUGUCAAAUCAAUGUCAGAUGGUUUCCCUUCGAUGAACAGCGUUGCCAUUUUAAGUUUGGCUCUUGGACCUACUCUAAAGAUUUAUUGGAUCUGGAAUUAUUAGGGGGUGAGCCACAUUAUGAGCUGGAAGCUAAUGCAAACGGUGAAGUAGACAAUAUCACCAUUGUCGAUGAUGGAAUCGAUCUUUCGGACUAUUAUCCAUCGGUAGAGUGGGAUAUCAUAUCACGAGUUGCAAAGAGAAGAACUAAAAACUAUGCCAGCUGUUGUCCGGAUGAAGCUUACACUGAUAUUAUGUACUACUUGGAACUACGUCGGAAGCCAUUAUUUUAUACAGUAAAUUUGGUUUUUCCGUGUGUUGGCAUAUCAUUUUUGACCAUUCUCGUCUUUUACUUACCAUCGCAUAGCGGUGAAAAAGUUACUCUCUGUAUAUCAAUUCUUGUUACCUUAACUGUCUUCUACUUGUUAUUGACCGAAAUUAUCCCUGCCACCAGUAUCAGUUUACCGCUAAUCGGUAAAUAUUUACUAUUUACUAUGAUUAUGGUUACACUCAGCGUAAUAGUCACUGUUAUAUCUUUAAAUUUGCAUUUUCGAAAGCCUACGACGCAUCGCAUGCCUGAAUGGGUAAAGUGGUUUUUUCUUAAGAUAUUACCCAAAAUGCUGUUCAUGAGACGACCAGUGAGUGACACCAACGACCUGUUCUAUACAGAUGAACGAAUAGCGAUGACCUAUCAUGAACAUGCAAUAAGUGGAGAUCACAAAAAUCUGAUUCUGACUGAACCGGAUAGGCGAAUUCAGAAAUUGUACCAUUUACCUUAUGUGGUAAAAGCAUUCGAAAAUAUUUGCUUCAUUGCCGAACUACUCAAGAAAAAAGACAAAGACGCUAAGGCAAGCAAUUUUUGUCGUGUGCUGCGGGAUUCUAAAAGGCCUGGCAAUAUAAUUUCUAGGAUGCUUGUUUGUGGUUUAGAAGUGGAUGAAGAUUGGAAGUACGUUGCGAUGGUACUAGACCGGUUGUUUUUGUCACUUUUAUCGAUUGCCUGCUUUGCAGGGACCAUUACAAUUCUCCUUCAGGCACCAACACUUUAUGACACUCGACAAGCCAUCGAUUUACAAUAUCGACCCGCAAAUAUUACUUAA